AUGGAAGUCUGGUCAGGCCAAGUCACUGGUGCCGCGGAUCUUUCGCAUGGGAAAGGCAUCUCACUGCUGGUCGAUCCGACUUUGAUUAGCCACUGCGCCCUACAGAAGGACGCCCGGCUCUCCCUCCGCUCCUUUGUUAAUCCAACCCUUAUCCCCUAUUACGCGCGAAUUGGCCCCGCUCUCGAGGUCCAUAUCAAAGACUUCAAGUCGAUAGAAUGGUGGAAAUGCAGACUGUUAAGUGGUGUCGGUGACGAGGACGAGGACGCUGAUGAUCGCGUCGAUGACCCGCUGCCUAUCCAGUGCCCAACAGGGGUGCUUUUAGCUGUUGAAACGCCCCAACGACGUGGUAGUACCUCCAAUACGCUUAACAAUGAUGUGACGGAUAUCCUUGUGUACGGGGUGCUUGGUUUAACCUCUCUACAUUCAAAGCGGCCGCCAACUCCUCCCUCAUCAUCACCUACUUUCCCUGAUCCAACCCUAGAAAACUCAAAUGACAAUGAAGGCAGUGCUCCGGGGAGGGAAUUGCGGAUCUAUGCCGUUACACUUUGCUCGGGGCUCAUUUCGAUGGCCAAAGCCCUACCAUCUCCCCCAUUUAGCCCAAACCCAGGCUCUUUCACUGAUAAUAAUGAUGAUAAUGAUAAUGACAAUGACAACGAUUACGAUAACGAGACAUAUGCCGAAUUCCUACCGGAACAGCGAUCUCCAUGCCCCAAACGGAAGCGGAUGGCAAGCAUUUUCGACGCAGCGACUGAAUACCAUAAGAAGGUCCGACGGAAAGGUGGCCAGGCGGUUUCGCAGCUGAUGUCGCGCAGCUUGUCGUUGGCGUCGGGCCAUCAGCUGUCGAAGUCGGCAAUUGCGAAGAUUAAGAAAGAGCCGUUGGAUACAUCCUUCCUUGAUAAAGGUAAUAAUAUUAAUAACAAUGGUGAUAGCAGUACACAUAAACCACGAAUGUUAUCGAUCAGUAGGAUAACGAAGACACCCAAGCAAUCUUCGUCUGCUACACCGUUAUCGACACAUUUACGCGAUUCCAGUUCGAACAUCGGUGCACGCCCACGGACCGCGAGUGUCUCGAGUUGGAGAAGCACACCUGGACCCUUUGCCCCACAGCAACAACAACAACAACAACAACAGGAUAGGCAGAUACCCUCUCCACCACAGCUAGCCUAUUCAUCACCGUCUGAAACGAUUUCAGCAAACAAAACACUAUUAACCAGAACCAUCCUAACGUGCAUGCGUCUGUAUGGGUUCCAUCGUAAUUCGCGCACGAACAAUCCAGCUGCCACUUCGAGUCAGUCAAAACAGCCACCGCUACCAGGAUCGACGGAUGUGGAUUUCCCGGUUGUACUCCCGACGAAGACAACCGUGCCAACACCAAUGCCUACCCACGCGCAAACGGAGAAGCCAUCGCAAUCGUACUCAAGGCCUUCAACAGCUACCGCUAUCCCUGCUGCUGCUCCACCAGAUACAGAGGAAGACGACGAUUUCAAAGCUAUGUAUCAUGCUGCGUAUCGCGCGGCAUCUUUCGCGCUGAGGCGGUAUUUGAAAGAUGUUACGAAUGGGUCUACUGGUACGGGAGGUUCAGCAGUGGCGGGGACAAAUGGAUUAAAUAAUGCUUCUUCCGAAACAGGGGGGGGGAUGGGUGUGCCUUUGCUAGAAAGGGGGAAAGCUACGGAUCUUGUAGAUGGUAUAUUGAGGUUGUUUUGCGAGACGUAG